AUGGUAAAUUCUAUGGCAAUUGGAUAUAUAGCGUCCAUAGUGGCUAUAGUCGGAUUUGGGUCUAAUUAUGUGCCGGUUAAAAAGUAUCCGGUUGGAAAUGGGAUAGCAUUUGCAUACUUUUUAUCUGUUGGUAUGUUUUGUUGUGCAUUUGUAGCAAUGGGGGGUUCAUUAUGGUGUUGUGCAAAUCUUUUAGUUAUACCAACCAUUAAAUUGUUAGGAUUGGGACUUGCAGUUUUGUUAUAUAGCAGUAUUGGUAUUGUAGCAGGUUUUAUUGUUGGAAAAGCAGGUUUAUUCGGAUUAAAAGAAGCAGCAGCGGCACAUGAUUGGAUGAAUUAUUUAGGACUUGCAGGUAUUAUUUUAUCAGUUAUAUUCUUCUUUUUCAUUAAACCUAAUUUAGAAGAAGAGAAAAAAGCAGAUACCAAAGGAAACUAUCAUGGAUCAUACGAUGAUUUUUCAAAUAUAUCUGAUGAAGAAAUCAAUUCACCUCUUAUUGUUAAUACCCAGACACAAAUUAAAAACUAUGAGGUGUCUAUUUAUGACCGUAUUCCAAAUAGAUUGAAAACCGUUUCAGGUGUUGUUUUUGCACUUGUUAUUGGUAUACUUUUAGGUGUAAAUAUGAUUCCAAUGCAACUUUGGAAGCAAAGAAACCCAGAUGCAAAUCCUUUGGAUUAUACAUUUUCACAAUUUUCAGGUAUAUUUUUAGCAAAUACAUUUGUAUUUAUAUUAUACACUAUUAUUAAAAGACCACCUCAGAUUUAUCCACAAACAAUUUUACCUUCAUUCUGCAGCGGCGUCGUUUUGGGUGUUGCAAAUAUUGGAUUGAUGAUUUCAACAGAGAAUUUAGGUUAUACAGUUGGUUAUCCAAUUAGUUGUUCAGGUCCUAUGAUUGUUUCAUCGCUUUGGAGUAUUUUUUAUUUUAGAGAAAUUACAGGUCUAAGAAAUUUUAUAAUUUUAUUUGUAUCAUUUUCAAUUUUAAUUGGAGGCAUCGUAUUAAUGGCCUUGUCUUCAGUCUAA